GUGAGUCCCUGCUGCAGGAGGGAGACACGAAGCUCCCGCAGCGCAGGGGUCGCAGGCCGUUGCAGGGGGCUGCAGGGUGCAGCAGGGCGGCGGUGGCGACGGCAGCAAGGGGGGUAGUGACGGUGGGGCGAACCGGAACCGGAAAUGGCUGCGAGGUGGCUCCUGCUGGCGCUCCUCGCCGCCCACGCCGCGGCUCUUCCUGAUAUCAUUAGGAUAGGUGGGCUGUUUCAUCCGUCGGACGACAAGCAGAAAGUGGCCUUUCGUUAUGCCGUGGAAAAGAUCAACGCCAACCGGGACAUCCUGCCCAAGUCUCGUCUCAGCGCCCAGAUUGAGCAGAUAGAACCGCAGGACAGUUUUCACGCUUCCAAGCGCGGAAACGCACCCAAUAUAACUACUCGCAUAAGAAUCUGCAUGAGUGAUUGUUCUGAUAUGUGCCCAUAA